AUGCCCGACUCAGACGACGCCCUCCUAGCAAGGCUAAACGCACUCCGAAAGUCACCAGUCACACUAUCCAAGACCUCUCCCCUCGAUCUCCCAGCAACACCGCAAAGAAACACAGACUCUGACCUGACAGCGAGGUUCCGCAGCUUGACGCCCAACAGUGCCGUCGCAUCACCAUUCCACGAGUCGGAAGAUACAGAACAUAACGAGGAAGAUGAUAGGACUAUUGAGGAGUUGUUGCAGGAUCUUGGGCCUGAGGAACAAUGGUCCGUUCAGCGUGAUGAGGGCGAGCGGAUUCGAGAUUUGAUGGCUGAGGCUAAGAGUGCUUUGCCCGUUGAGGAGAGCAAUAGAGAGGAGGGCAAAGAGUUGGAUAUCGAAGUUGGAGUUGUAAAGCCAGAGUAUGAAGACGAUAAUGACGAGAAUGAUGAGGAGGAAGAGCGCGACGAGGACAAGAGAGACGACGAAGAGGCCGACGAUUACGUUCAACGUGUUCUCGCCGAACUUGCCAUUGACAAGAAGUACGGUGGCCCUGAAGACGAGGAAGAGGAAGAAGAUGAGGAGAAAGAGGGCGACAACGACAGACUCUUUCUGCCAUCAGCACCCACCGAGCUACCAUCCUCGCCUGCCCCUGACCAGGACAACAACAUAGACGAUGCACUUUCUGCUCGAUUUGCAUCUCUGUCGCUACCUGGAGUACCCUCGUUCAAUCCGGCCAAGAAGGCUGUCAAGAUUCAGAAGAAUGUCAAGUCAAACCUGCCCAAGUACACGGAUGAAGACAUGGAGAGCUGGUGCUGCAUCUGCAAUGAAGAUGCUACAGUAAAAUGCAUGGGCUGUGAUGGUGAUCUAUACUGCCAAGAAUGCUGGCGUGAUGGCCACGGAAACGGACCUGGUCAGGAAAGAGGUCACAGAGCACUCGCAUACGCCAAAGACGCCUCUUGA